ACAUAUAUAUAUAUAUAUAUAUAUGUAUGUGUGUGUGUAUGUGUGUAUGUAUGUAUAUAUAUAAAGUUAUAUAUAGGCACAUCGGGUAAGCCCUUGGCCAGGUACCGGUGGCACGCCAGCAGGAAGUAGGUAGCACCUGAGUAACAUGGGCGUCUUGGGCUGAGCCACUGAGCACGUUGUUUGACUUCACCAAUCGUGCGUGCUCAAUUGAACAUUUCAAUUGACAACAUUGGAAUGCUCCCUCACUCACUCGGUGCCGUGCUUGUUGUUCCUGGCACGCAGUCCAGUGCACAUGUAACCUGCAGCAGCUUGCAGUUAGCCGCUAGGCGGGCUGGACUUGGUUCUUACAUGGCAAGUGUGGCUAAUGACCCAACCCAACCUUGAACACCAAAAAGUCGAUGACGACGGCUUGUGGCCCUUUCAUCUCGACAUCUUCUCUCAUUCCACCAGCAGAGUGCGUACCGCCUUCCGAAACAGACCCCCUCUCCACACAGGCACAAUCACACCAGCCCAUCCAGGGUCUCUUGUCGUUGCACCUGAGCCAGCAAUGCCUAUUCGCAAUCCCUUCCGUCGCGCCGGGGCCGCCGACUUGCUCGAGGACCGGCCAGCCGCGGAACGUGCAUCCCAGAUCGAUAUAAACACUGCAAGCACAGGCGCGAAGCCACUGCAGAACAAGGAGCCUGCCGAGUACAAGUUGAGCGAGAUCAACGACAGCGGAGUAUAUCUGCCACCGUCACCCACACAGGAAAAGCCCAGCUUCUGGCACUCCAAGUCAAACACGUCCACGACAUCCUCCAAUCACAGGAGCCUUUUGAGCGAGAAUGAACCCUUCAGCAUCUCUCGGGAAAGCUUCGAGUCCUACAGGAGAUCAUUCGACAUAUCCGCUCGUUCCCCAGUCCCCGAAAACUUAGAUCAGUACUCUCGCGGGUCGCUCGAUGCUCGGAGGUCCAUGGACGCAAAACGCUCUCUGGAUAUACGUCGUUCAAGAGCUGUUCCACGGUCUUCGUUGCAGGAGCGACGCCCCGGAACGGCUGCGGAAGUGACCGCCGAGCAAGAUUUCGAAGAUGUGGGGUUGAAUGAUGAGCCCAAGAUAACCAAGAAGCGCGGCAUCUUCUCUCGCUUUGCAGAUAAUAGCGACAAUGAGUCCAAGGAGGAACGACCCUCGUCAGGUCAUCAUCACUUCGGGUUUGGGGGUCGGAAACGAGCGCAAAGUGGUAGCCAGGGCUCAGAGAUGAAGAGCAUGCCGAAGGAUGCCCCUCCUGCCGACACACCUGUCGAGACGCGGUGA